AUGGAGGCGUCCACCCCCUUGUUGUCAUCCAAACCAGCAUGGAGGGUGAGAAUGAAUCACAUCGAGGGGUUUCGCUUCAUUGUGUUAUCUUGGAUCAUCGUCUAUCACUAUCUUCAUCUCCCCCACGGCGAUUCAUGGCAGUUCCGGUUGCGCUCGGGCCGUCCCCUUGAUCUCUUCACAGUCAUCAGCGGUUUUAUCACACACUUUGUCUGGUCGACGCGGAAAGUUGGAAGUCCAAUAGAGUUCCUCAGGAAGCGUGCGAGCGGGCUAAUGUUCAUGUACUACUUCUCCAGCGUUCUUGCAUUGUUCCUCAGGGUUUGUAAUCUAGGUGCGAUGGGCACUACGGCGGGAGCGAUCAUGUAUGAGUACCUGAAGUUCAUCCCAACACUCUUCGGGGUCAACGUCUGGUUCAGCGUCAUCCUCCCCUUCUACGACGACAAGGAGCUGAUCCCUCAACCUCUGUACCUCUUCGCUCACACCUGUUACCCUGAGAAUGGCCCCCUGUGGUACAUCCAGGCCCUGGCGUUCUGUUGGCUCCUUUACCCAUUCUUUUCGAAAGUUCUCGAGGCCAUGGAUGGGGUGAUGAAACCUCUUGCUCUGAUGCUCUUCCUGUGGAUCCUUGCUAUUCUUCCUGCGAUAGCGGUUGCUGCAGCUGGAUCGCAAGAACGAUGGAUGACGUUCUUGAAAGUUUGGCCUCCCUUCAUGCUGCCUUCCUUCUUUGUUGGUUGUGCGGCAUGUGAACUGUACAAGCAGGCGACGUAUUUGAGCUCCACCAGGGAGUACGCAAGCGUGUACAACCUCGCAGGAGAAGCUCUUUUCAUUUCAAUCAUCGUCGCUGUUCUCGUCUUCCCUGCAAGUGAACUUUUCAGACUCCAUGGGUUCUCUCUUGUGUUCGGGGCAGUGCUGGUGUUGCUCGGGCUAUCCACCUACUUCCAUGACAGCUCGGUGACAGUCGGGCUGAAGCCUCUAUUGGAGACAUCGGUCAUGGGCGAGCUGGGAAGCAUCUCUUUGUGCGCCUUCACCCUUCAAGGCCCCGUCUGCCGCAUCUUCACGUGGAUCUUGCGCAACGGUCUGCACGAGGAUCGAUGGCAUCUCAACUGGAUGUCGUGGGAGGAGUUUCUAGUCUACUUUGCCAUCCUCUACUCGGUGGCAUAUUUAACGUCCAUUUACUUGGACAAACCUCUUACGGCCAAGUAUUUCAAACACGAAUGA